AUGGCUUUCCGAGUUCUGCUGGUUACAUUUUGCGUGUUUCGCUUUAACACGAGGAAGAUUGGAGGAUGCUCCCUUGAAGACUCGGUUGUCGAUCGCAAUGCACAAAGGAUCGUCGUACCUUAUUUGACCUCCUUUGUGGAUUUGGAGGCAUCCAAGAUCAUACAGCACCUGGAUGAAGAUGGCCUGUUGCUGGAUAAGGCCAAGUAG